AUGCGAGUCCAGUGUGCUAACCACUCGCUCGGUGAUCAUCAUGUUCACAGGGUUAGUGACGCUGGCCUGGGCGGGCGGUCUCUGGCCGUGAUCGUGGGGUCGUGCGGCGGCGCCGCCGUCUGCGCCGGCAUGCUGCUGGCCGGCCUGCUGUACCUGCACUGCCGCCGCCGCAGGCUCGUCAAGAGGCUGGGGGCGGCGGAGGACGCCGCUCGCCGAGCAGCGGAGGGUCCAGAACGUGCGGCACUGCUGCGACAGCUAUCUUCGCUGCGGGUUGAUGCACCAGUCUUCCUGGCCAUGCUGAACGACACACGUCGCCAGGUGCGCCUGCUGCAAGGUUCUACCACCGAGUCCGUCCUUCAGGCAUACAGGCCAGUGCUGAGGGACUUGGCACGCAUUUUAAUACUUCUGAAUCGCCAAGAGAGUCAGAUUCGGUACCCACCCAAAGACUGGGAGACACUGCUGUCAUGGGGGGAGAGAGUUCUACGGAGAUACAAGAAACAAAACCCUCACCAGGUUGCCCAGGCACAGCUUGUAAACUUCCUGCAGGUGCCAAUACAGACGCAUGCUGUAUCGCCGCCACCUCCUAUAGUACCUCCUUCGGCUGACGACAGCUUGAGGAGGCCCCUCACCACAUUCCAGCCCCUGAGGAAAGUCAGCUCCAGCAGCAGCCGCAGCCCAGUAGAAAGCUCUGUGGAUGUGCGACACAGCUUUGGGAAUGGCAAUUGCUGGGAUGAGGAUGAGGGUUGGGACUGGGAGGGCGAGGAGGGAGCGGGUCCUCCCAGCUACACUGCUCUCACUGACUGGUCUGCUAGUCAUGAUUAUCUAGUAGAUGACAGCUUCCUUACAUUUGGCUUUCGGCCACAGGAUGAAAUUACCACUGAGCUGUGAUUAUCUACCAAAGUGGUGGUAUGUGACAUGAACCUUCUUUUCCAUUGAAUAACACCAGUCAUGGUGUACAGAUACAUGUAGAUUGUGUGCUGAUUGCAGAUCUAUGUGUGUAGCUGAAACCUACACACUGCAAAAUUUGGCAGCUGUAUCAGGCUCACUAUAUUAUUAUCAAUUUUCCAUUUCCUUAUAAUCUUAGCUUAAAUGUGUUGUUAAAUGUCUUGUGUGUCCAUUGAAGUAACACUUCAAAAGAGUGGUCAAUGCAGUUCACUUGACAGUGGGACAGUAAGCAGAAGACCAAGGCUUCCAAGUAACCUUCGGAAAGUCUCCAAUGCAUUAGACUGUUGCAGAUAUUCAGGAACCGGCAUUGAAAUGAUUACCACGAUUUUCAUCUCCAUCUCAGGAAAGCAUUUUACACUUCAACUGAUGUUCUUGAGAAGUAAUUGUUAAUGUAUGGUACAGAGAUAUUAGGGAAACAUGGAAGUAACUUGUCUCUUUAGCAUAAUUUUAUAUGGCAGAAAGCCGAUUGCUUAAGAUCAUUUGCUUAUAUGUUCUUUGUUGUUGUAAAAAUUUUGCUUUUUCUUUUCUAAACUAUCACCAGUAAGCAAAAUUGUUUAUCAAGGGUCAUCAUUCAUUGCGCCAUGCUUUACUGUUAUAUGAUGUUCGUCAGCCUUUAGGAUUUGCUAAUAUCUUCAGUGAAACUCCACAUAAAGAGUCUAAUAUGUUGCACUGUGUCCAUUGCAGCAAUAUGCUUGAAGUUUACCACUGUAUGCUUUUGUUAUUAUCAACAUGAAAAAAUCCCUUAAAAAAGCAGGCCAUGUAGGAUUUAUUGUAUUGUGUGUAACAUGGUACUCAUAAAUCUUAAAUUUAAUUGAAACCUCCAUACUAGAGUAGUUCUGAAGAGCACAAAUAUUUACAACUUUCAUUAAAAUAUUAUGCAAAAUAUCUUUCAUCUACAAAACUUUAUUUCCUUUAGAAGCAGUAUUAUACUGGAAAAUGUUGUUGCUAACUUAGAUAGAUUGGAACAUCCAAGUUAAAAUUACAUUCUCACUUCUUUAGAAAUGGGUGAAAUUGACUCAUCACACUGGCUUGGAAAACAUGGAACACAAGUAUGUGUGAUGGUAGGUAUGGCAGAUAUUUUCUGGUAAAAGGUGACUAGUUGUAACUGGAAGUACUGUAAUUUGAAUUUAUUUUGUGGCAUAUUUUUGACAUCUUUAGAAUUAUUGUGUUGUAGUAAAGUAGAAGUCUCUGUAUGAAAUCAUAUGAGCACUGUGAACCAAAAGUUGCACCAAGUUCAAUUUAUAUGAAUACAAGGUACUGAUCAUUUUUUCCAUAUUGUGAGUAAAUGCUGUUUUAGUAAAUACCCUUUGCUGUUUGUUCCACAGUGAUGCAAGAGAUAUUGGUUUGGCUUUAUGAUGAACACUGAAUUAUGUAUAUCAAUUAUGAUUUACUUAUCACAAAUCUUUUUGCUGUGUGUUAUGACUACAUCUUCAUUCACUCUGCUGCCAUUUCCUAUCAGUUCCUUUUAUUACUCCCAUCUCACUGAUACUGAAUGUAUGAAGUUCACAUUACUAGUAUUAUUUUCAAAAAUUUGUACUCUGAAAACAUCACAAUAGCAGUUGCUGUGAGAAACAUCUUAAGACAUCAUGUGUGAAACACAAAUAAAUGCACAGAGCAUAUAGAACAAAUAAUGAAAAAAGUGACAAAGAAUUUUAUAGCCGUUUUCUUGUGUUGUUCAGAACUCUCCUUAAUGAGGCCACUCAGGUAAUGGACUUGUACAUAAAAAUAAUAUAGAUGUUGUUUAACUUACAGAUUUACAUUCUUCUUCAGAGUUGACAGGAACAGCCGCACAUUUGCAAGACUGAUAUGAUAUUGCUUUAAAUGCUAAUGUAGGCUGGAGAGAAUAUUUUCUUGAGAAUAGGAGUAGGGAGAAACAGAAGGCAUUUGUGUGAAAUGAGAUGAUGUUUAGGCAAGGGGAGAGGAGGAUUGAAGUUUUAAAAAGGAGUGAAGAUGAGCUAGAGACAACUUUACUCACAGGGAGAGAAGAGCAGGAAGUAAGUAAUGAUCAUUAAAUAAAUAAGAACAAAACAAAAAUUAAGGGAGAGGAAGAAACCUAGAGCAAAGAAGAACAAAACCAAAUAAUAUUAAACCAAUGAGAAGGGAGACAAGAAGAAAUGAAUAAAUAUAUAAAAAAUCAAGGAAUGGGAUAGUAACAAAUGAAGGAUUUAGAAGGAAGAAAAAGAGAAAGGGAAUAGAUGUGUGAAAGUGGAAAGAUUGCAGGGGCAGGCAAGGACCUAAGUUGAGAGCAUAGGGUAUUCUGGGUGACCUAGUUGUUCUUACCAAAUACAGACAAUAGAGAAUAGAGUCCAGAUGGCAUAGGUU